AUGGCUCCCAAAAAGAAGCCCAGCGAGAAGACGCAGAAGACGCCCAGUCCGAAAGAAAAGGGGGUUGAGACACUGCGUCCCUCGAACCGCAAUGACAUGGCUGCUCUGGUCGCCACCCAGGCGCGAGAGGUCCUCACGGCUAUCUUCGCCUUUCGUGUCGUCAACGCCCUCUGUGUACGCACCUUCUUCCAGCCAGACGAGUACUUCCAGGCCCUCGAGCCAGCAUGGCAGAUGAUAUUUGGAGAAAACAGCGGCGCAUGGUUGACUUGGGAAUGGCGACACAAGCUUCGUUCAUCGAUACACCCUGCACUGUUCGCUCUGAGCUACUUUGUCGUGGAUAACUUCUGGGCGUCGUAUUCCGUCCCCGUGAUCAAGACCCAAUGGAUUCUCCUUGCGCCCAAGGCCAUGCAGACCGGCUUUGCUGCCUUGAGCGAUUGGUAUACCUGGAGACUGGCCGAGAAGCUGUUCGGUUCGAGCAGUGCUGCUGCCUGGUCUGUCCUUGUGAUGACGCUGCUGAAUCCCUGGCAAUGGUAUACGUCGACGAGGACGUUUUCAAACUGCUUCGAGACGACGCUGACAGCUAUGGCCCUCUACUAUUGGCCAUGGGAGUUGCUUGGCGUGGAGGCCGAUGAGAAAGACGAUUCCACACAAUCGCCACCUGCUCUGUUCCAGACAUGGGGUCAGAUCAACAGCUUACGGUACUCUAUAGUGCUGGCUGCGUUCGCAGUGCUUCUGCGUCCGACGAAUGCCCUCAUCUGGCUGGCCAUUGGUACGCUUGUGCUGACCCGAGCUACUCUUUCCGGGAAGUCACCACUCACUCAAAGAGUGUUCCUGAUCCUCCUUAGGGAGGCCAUGCUUUGCGGAUCCUUCGCCUUGGGCGUGUCACUCUUAGUUGACCGUCAGUACUUCGGAAACUGGACAUUCCCUCCUUUCGCAUGGCUGCACUUCAACGUUGCCCAGGACCUCGCCGUCUUCUAUGGACAGAAUGACUGGCACUACUACCUUUCGCAGGGCAUCCCUCUCCUCUGUACCACCAUGACCCCCUUUGUUCUAUACGGCCUCUACAAAUCACUGGACGCAGAAACAUCCGGAUGGCCAGUCGCCACCUCAAACGCCCUGAAAGCAUUGACCUUCAUCGUCCUGACAACCAUAGCGUCUCUAUCGUUCGUGUCCCACAAGGAGGUCCGCUUCAUCACACCCCUACUGCCAGCCCUCCACAUACUCGCCGCACCACACAUAACCUCGUUCUUCACAACCGCCACGAACGCCGCCGCCGCAACCUGCCCCCCGUCAGCCCUCGCGUGGAAGCGCAAGCCCCUGCUCGCGGCCAGUCUCCUCGUCAACAUCGUCAUCGGCGGCUACCUGUCAUGGUUCCACGCCGCAGCCCCUAUCCAGGUGAUGAGCUACCUGCGCAGCGAGUUCGAGACCAUCUAUCCAGACCACCUGGCCCUGCGGCGCCCCGCCAACGCCACCGACGACACACUGCCCAAGGAGCUCUUCGCGCUCUUCCUGACGCCGUGCCAUGCGACGCCCUGGCGCUCGCACCUCGUGUACCCGGCGCUGCGGGCGCGCGCGCUCACCUGCGAGCCGCCCGUCGGCACCGAGCCCGGGUCCGUCGAGCGCGCGUCCUACAUGGAUGAGACGCGCCGCUUCUACGCUGACAAGAUCGGGUUCCUGAAGCAGGAGCUGUGGCCGCGCGACGCGCCCGGCGAGGACAUGGCGCGGUAUAUCGUCGGGUUCGAGGGCCUCGAGCCGGCGCUGCGCGAGUAUUUCAACUGGUCGGGUCCCGGGGGUCGACACCGCGUCGAAUUAAAGGAGGUGUGGAGUGCGUGGAAUGGAUUGUUCACUGAUGAUGACAAGAAGGCGGGACGCUUGGUGGUCUGGUCGACUGGGUUUUACGACGGGGAGGAGAAGAUAGAGCCGUAA